AUGUAUAAUCCUAGUCUCUGUAAAAAGUCCCUUUCGCUUUACGACCAUACAGCCGAUUUAAGUUUGGGUUCAUUUCGUUACACACUCGAACGUUCCACAGUUUUGACAGCAGCAGUACCGUAUUAUCAAACAUUUCAAAUUUACGGAAUACUCACAACAACUCAACUUUAUACAUCAUUGGAAAGAUUGGUGUAUCCCUUCGAUAAUGUAACAUGGAUAUUUUUAUUUUUUAGUGUACAAUUGGGUCUACUGAUAGCAUUUAUCAUAGAUUACUUUUACGAUAAAUCUCUGCUAAUACGCGUAGCAAUAGGCAGCCCACGCAUAAGAACUCAAGCAAUUAAUAUAAUGCGUUUAUUUAUGGGUCAGUCUCUGAUACAAAUUCCGGAAACACAUUUUUCACGUUUUAUGAUUAUUUCCUGGCAUGUUUAUGGUCUUUUAUUACGUACCGCCUAUCAGUCAUUACUGUUUCAGUUACAUAAAUUAAAUAUAUACCAUGAACCUCCGGAAAAUCUUUCCGAUCUUAUUAAUCAGCAAUGUAUAUUAGUUAUGACUGAGGGCACUUAUGAUUCUGUCUAUACAGUGCCUCGUAUAGAACAGGGUUAUAUUGAUGUUAUAAAACUAAAAAAUACUUCCGAACAAAGUUCAUUUUUCUUUCUUGAAAAUGAUAAAAAAUUACGCUGUUUAGCGGUUGUAUCUCCCAAAGAUUUUUUAACGUAUCAUGUCAUAACAGAGCGCAAAAGGGGUCUGUUUUAUGUUUUACCUGAAACUAUCUUUGCUCAACAGAUAACAAUGUAUUUUUCAAAACAUUCCUUUUUGAUAAAUCGUUUCAAUGAGUUAUUUAUGAAUUUGCGCAGUAUGGGUCUUAUAGAUUUUUGGGCCCGCAAAAGUUUGAAUACGGAUUUUUUGAAAAGUACUCGUGAAUCCCAUUUUAUGCCCAUAAAUAUGGAAAAUAUAGAGGGUAUAUUAAUUAUUUACAGUGUUUUGAUUUUAAUAGGUAUUGUGAUAUUUUUCUUAGAGAUUAUUAUUUUUAGAGUAAAAAUAUUAGCAUUUGGUGAGCAGCAUGAGUUUGUACAUUAG